AUGGUGGAAAAGAAUGUUUAUAAUUCUUGCUUGACAACUGUGAGAGUGCUGCGUGUUUCUCUUGUGGAUGAACUCGAAGGACAGAUUGACUCCCUGCUGGAAGCUUUAGUAAGUCAUGAUGUGUUCACUCGGGAUGAUCGUGAGGAAGUUGUGUGUCAGCAGGGGCCACGGGCAAGAGUGAGAAAGGUGCUUGAUAUUCUGGAGUGCAAAGGCGAGGAAGCAGCUGAGGUUUUUUUCAAUGUUAGAAGUCAUCCUCAGCUCCCCAAAGACGGGAACACAGCUCAACCUCAGUCAAUAGAGUACAAGAGGGUCCAACAAAAGCACAAAGAUGUUCUCAGACGCAGGAGUGAGUGCAUGCUUUUCUACAACAGUCGACAUGGAGAGAAAAUCCUUUUUUCUGAACAUUAUGUUAACUUACUGUUAGUCGAUGGACAUCAGGGCUUAGAGAUUAAAAGGCAUGAGGUGCUAACCUUUGGACAAAAGCGAUUAUCUUUGCAGCAGAAGUCAGCAGUGCAAAGGAAAAUCACACCGACCGAAUUGUUUUCAAGAGCAAAUGGAAUCCAUCCAGUAAAGAAAGUCCUAGUGACAGGGGUGGCAGGAAUUGGGAAAACUGUCCUUGUACAGAAAAUGCUCUACGAUUUUGGGAGAAACAAAGAAUACUUUGCAUUUGACUUUAUUAUUCACAUGAGCUUUAGAGACUUAAACCUGAUUGACAAACCCACAAACUUCCGUGAGUUGGUCCUGCGUAAAAACAGACACCUUGCUAAAGAACUGGAUAGCAUCUUAGCUAACGAUGACAAACUGCUGAUCAUCCUGGAUGGUUUUGACGAGUUCAAACACUGCAGAAGAUGCGAUGUUGAUGUAUUUGUCAAUGAGCCAGAUGAAGAUGCAGAGUUGCAGGAGGUUUUGGGGAGUUUGCUGCUGGGUGAACUGCUACCCAAUGCUUCUGUCAUGCUAACAAGUCGGCCUGCAGCUAUAAACCACAUCCCUGUGGGCUGCAUUGACCGUUUUGCACUUAUUUCUGGAUUUUCUUUAGCUGAAGUUAAAGAUUUCUUCUUAAGAUAUUUCCAAGACCCUGCACUUGCUGAUCGCUUGUUUGUAACAGUAUCAGCGAAUGAUCUGAUGUUGACACUGUGCUACAUACCUGCAUUUUGCUACAUUGUGUGCUGCAUCCUCAAAGAGAGCAAAGAUCUUUGUGGAGAAAGCCCCAAGACCAUGACAGACAUUUAUGUGCAAUACCUGGUGGCUUUGCUUCAUUCUCACACCCAAACAAGAGCUGAGGCAAGUCUUCAAGACCAAAAAGCAGAACCAAUCCAGCAGCUAUCUGAUACUGUCCUAAAGCUUGGUCGACUUGCCUUCCAAAAGCUUAUGGAACACCAAACACUAUUCUAUAGCAGUGACCAAGAUGUUGCAGCCUUACAGGGAUGCAGCCUCAUUAGUACCUUCCUCGACAAGACGGUGGCACAAGAACCCGGCUUCACCGAAGAGGUUUUCUCCUUUGCUCAUCUUACUGUUCAAGAGUUCUUUGCUGCACUGUACUGCGCAGUGACAGAUCACCCUUUACCUGAUGCUAUUCAAAGCAAAGCAAAAACCGGAGAAGUAACACAUAACGGACAUUUGGACCUGUUCAACCGCUUCCUGUCUGGAAUCCUUUCAGACAGGAAUGCUAGUCUUCUGUUGAGGCAGGUGGGGUUGUCUUGUCACAAGGAAAAAGUGGACAACAAUCGUCAAAAGAUCAUUAAAGAUCUGACGAUGCUGUGUGAGAACGGAGCCCAUAUUCUAAACUGCUUACACUGCCUCUUUGAGCAACAAGACUCAUUGUUAGCACAGGAAGUGCAACCAAAGACACUUCGAGUUAAUGUCAGCGAUGAAACACUCUCUCAAAUGGAUUGCAAUGCUAUCAAUUAUUUCCUAAACCUCACACAUGGCAAAAUAUCAGAGUUAGAUCUUACAGGGACUGGAGUAAGCUGCAAUGCACUAAGAGAUAUUCAAACCCAGCUGCUUAGAUGUGAAAACCUUUGGCUUGGAGAAAACAUUCUUGAUAUGGAUGCAGUUCAGGUCAUUGCAGAUGUGAUGAGGGUCUCAGAGAACAUUACCCACCUUGGACUUGGAUGGUCAAACAUUGGUGAUGAUGAACUCUUGGCUCUCACUGAUGCCAUUCGAGUGAAAAAAAAACUUAAAGAAUUGUGGAUGGAGGGGAACCGAGUGAGCUCCAAAGGUCUGUUGUCACUCAGUGACUUGACCCCAGAUCCACUGACAAGAGUUGUAGCCAUAUGGAACUUGCAGGAGACAGAGUUGGAGUUCCUGCGCAUCCAACAAAGCAUCACUGUGAAUUUCACAGAUGAUGCUAUGUGGGAAGCAUGGGGGGAAUGGGUCUUUAAACGAUGUGAGGUCAGCAGCAACGAGAAGUUAGUGAUGGUACUCCACAAAGUUUGCAACAUUUCAACCCACUGCUUAAAAGCUGAGUGGGCAAAGACCUUCUACAAUCGACUAUCGCAGCUCAUCAAGAGCAGGAUCGAGUGCUGCACCGAGGAAGACAUGUGCAAGAAACUCAAAAAGUUUGACAACAUCUUGGAUCUAUGAAAAAGACUGCACGGCCUAUAAAAUACACUUUUAGUAAAAGUAAAAGUGCUGACUGUUCUGUGAAUGUGAGAAAGCCUAGAGUUUGGCUAAUAACUUAUUCAUAUUUAAAGCACAACACUAAACACUAGUUUUUCUCACACUGUGUGAGUUCACCUAUGUUGUUCACACUAUAUACAAAUGAAUGUAGAGGCACAGCCAAACAAUCAAAUUGAUUAUACAGUUAUAUUAAGCUUGCUAAUGAUGACCCUUCCUCAGUGUAUCAUUAAAAGGUCACAAAUUUUAAAGUCUGGUGGAACAGUUAUCACCUCUUUCGCACUGCAAACACUACAAAAGCCAAAAGACUAUUUUUAUGUAAGAGAGGUGAAAUCUUAUGUUGUUACAGACUGUAAAAUAAAAUGGAUCAACCUUGUCAAAGCCCUGUGUUCCAAGCGGGCUCAAAGAUCACAUUUUUUCCGUGAACUUUGGCUGUAUGCAAUAAAUCCUGACUUUAGACAAGUUUGGAAUAGACAAUUGCAUAUUUAGUGUAAACUGACCUUUACUUGAGGAAACUUUAGAUGCCCAAGUUCAACUGAAUGCAGCAGGUAAUAUACCUAUAUGUUGUUCUACAGUACAUCAACACUACUGCGUUCUUGAUUGUAAUGCAGCAUUUAUACAGUACUGUCUCACCAACUGCCUACAUGUGUGAUAUUUAUCUGUUCAAACUGUUUACAUUUUAGAAAGAGGACGUGAUAACUGUGGAUAAUUAAAUGUCUGAUAAUGCAAAGAGACACUGAUGAAAUUGUCAUUUGGCUCAAAGCAAGUUUGUUUGUACUUUUUAAAUAAAUU